CGUAGCUUGCCUGCUAGCUAGGUUUAGUUCUGACUUUUAGUUAAUCACUGAAAGAUCGGUAGCUAACGCUAGCUGUCUAGCUAUGCUGUAAGCUGGCUCGUACUCUAGUUUUUGGAUGUUUUAGGUAAUUUGAUCAACAUUUUCGCUCGCUAACGUUACGUGGAGUUGAAGUUGGUAAAUCUGCCGUUAUACAGAUGGACUCGCAGUACACCUCGGAAAAUGCCAAGACAGAUUCCUCUCUCCCUCUCUCCUCCCUGCACCUCUUGGUUCCUCCCCUGCGGCUGGUCUCUGCCGCCAUGUGGCAGGUAGUGCAACAGCGAGACAUGGUGCAUUAUGGGAAGCUGGAGGAGUUUGUGACAUUGGUGACAGAUGUGUUCCCGGAGCUGCUGAGUGACAGGCAGCGAGCCCAGAUGAUUCUGGGGCUGCAGGCAAAGGAGGUGUUCCCUGCGGAAUUUGGCUCAAAGUAUGAUACAGCUUUGCAGAUGCUGGUUUGGGAGUCACUCUCCAGGCUGGAGCAGCUGCUGCCAGUACCAGACCUCAAGGAGAUUGCAGCGUGGCUCAGUGCUGCCCCAUCUGUCUUGGAGGAAUGUGUGCAGUCUGUCUCGCAUCUGCAGCAGCUGAAGACCCUCCUCCAGCACUACAGUAGCAAGGGACACUCAAAUAUGCAAGAGAACAACACCCUCUCUUUGUCCCUGCAACCCUCUGGAUUGGUGGAUAAAACUGAGCUGGCUGAACCUGCAGCCCAAUCAGAGUUCAUGCAUGACCCCUUGCUGAGUUUGGGCCAUGCCUCUCUGAACAGCAGCAUGGGGGCUGGCUGCAUGGGGCAUGGCGCAGACCACGUAGGAAUGGAGGUGGAGUUGAUGACAAGUUCAGACAUAAGUGAGGAAGAGAAAGAGGGGGAGAGGGGUGCUGUGGCAGGUGGGCAUGGCAGGUUAGUGAAAGAUGCGGCAUCCGAAAUGAACGCCGUGGAAGAGGAGGACAGGGAGACACCGUCUGAAACUGGGGAGAGGGGGGAUGGCUUUGGAGAUGGAGAGGACAAAGGGCAAGAAAAAGAGAGGGAUGAACAGAGGGAGAGCGUUGAAACGGGUCAGACCCUCCAAGAUGACAGUGCAGCCAGAGAUAGAAAGCUAGAUCUAAGCACUUCCUGUCUGCUUCAGCAGCCCAAAGUUGUGAUUCACAGACUGAGUUCCAAGGACAUCUCCGAGCAUUUGUGCUCGCUCCCACCCUUGGCGGUCAGCAACGGGUCCCAGGGGACAGGAUCUCCGAGGAGACAGGCAGAGAAAUCCCUGAUGGAGGAGUUGGGGUCACCGUCAAUGCAGAAAGGACAGAUCAUAAUCCAGGAGAGGAAGAGUGGUGUCUUUUUCAUCCCCCUGCAGCUGCUUCCAGAUUCAGCAGAGAAUGGAAACCUACUUGACCCAUCCAGUGCGCCUUCUGCUGUUAUCCCUGGAGAAGGAAAUACAGGGGAGGCUGUGACGGUGACGGCCCUGUUAUUCACCUGCCCCCAGUGCCAGUUCGUCAAUGCGAAUGAAGUUCAGCUCCUGGACCACAUGGAGAAGGUACACCCAGAGGAGUACAGCAGGCUGGUGGGGCCUGGAGGGAAAGGGUCAGGGAGCUCGUCGCUCCCCGGCACCGUGAGGCCCUACACGUGUGCCCAGUGCGGGAGGGGCUUCAGGUGCAUGUCGAACCUGAAGAAGCACCAGCAGACCCACACAGGGGCUCGGCCAUCAUGCUGUCCCCAAUGCGGGAAGGGCUUCCGGAACACGUCGGACCUGAGGAGGCACCAGCGCUCGCACACAGGCGAGCGGCCGUUCCAGUGCACUCAGUGCGGAAAGAGCUUUGCGUCCUCCUCGGACCUCACGAGGCACGGGCGUAGCCACUCUGAGGAGCGCCCCUUCUGCUGUCCCCAGUGCGGGAACAGCUUCAAGUCGGCAGCCAACUUGACGAAGCACAGGCAAACUCACAGUACCAGGCGGCAGUAUGGGUGCAGGCAGUGCGGCGAGAACUUUGGCUCCCUCCUGGAGCUCUCACAGCACCGGCAGACCCACGCGGUGAGGCCCCUCCACAAGUGCCCCCAGUGUGAGAUGUACUUCCGGCGGCGCUUUGAGAUGGGGAAGCAUCAGCUGACACACACAGACGAGCGGCCGUUCCAGUGCGCGCAGUGCGGGAAGCCAUUCAAGUCUGAGAAGGGGCUGCGGGCCCAUGAGCAGACCCACUCCGAGCGCCCAUUCCAGUGCUCCCGCUGUCCAAGGAGAUUUUCUCAGCUACAGAUCCUGGUGAAACAUGAGCAGGUUCACGCAGGCAAAAGACUGUACCCUUGCUCCAAAUGUGGGGAGAAUUUCCUCUCCAAGGAAGAAUACGUGAACCACCAGAAAACCCACAGAGAGGAGAGACCAUACCUUUGCUCCCAGUGCGGAAAGAGUUUUAAGAAAAAGUCCUCUCUGACAUCGCAUCAGAAUUCACAUUCUGGGAUAAGGCCGUACCAUUGCUCACAGUGUGAGAAGACUUUUACUGUGAAAAAUGCCCUGAUCAGACACAAGUUUAUUCACACAGGGGAGAGACCAUACCUUUGCUCUGACUGUGGGAAGACUUUUCGUUCCCUGACAGAACUUCUGAAACACCAGCGAUUCCAUACAGGGGAACGCCCAUUCCACUGUUCACGGUGUGGGAAGAGCUUCACUCAGUCAUGUUAUCUGACUUUACACCUGCGAACUCACACUGGAGAGAGACCUUAUCACUGUUCUUAUUGUAAUAAAAGUUUUGCUUGCUCCACUCAGCUGAAGAGACAUGUUGUAAUUCACACUGGGGAGAAACGGUUCCAGUGUUCUGAGUGUGGAAAGAGUUUUAAUCGGGCAUCCCUUUUGAAAGUGCACCAACAGGCUCAUAUGGGGAAUAAGAUAUGAAGCUCAUAUGGGGAAUAAGAUAUGAAGCACGUGUGAUUUUGUUUUAUGGAUAAUGGACAGGAGCAGGGGCACGGCAAAGUUGCAAAAAAUAAAAUUGGUUGUC